GGGGGCGGCCGCCGUCCCCGCCCGCCGCCGGAGGGAAGCGGAGGAGCGCGGGGCGCGCUCCUGGCUCGGGGCAGCCCGGGCCGGGGGGGGCUGCAGCCGGAGCGGGGCCAAGAGGAUACCGUGGGGCUGCAGUGCUUGUGUUGGGAAUCCCAGCUCCUGGGUGAUCCUGUGACCAGGACUCUGCGGCCGGAGUGGAUCUGCACUGCUGGUGUGGGGUGCACCCAAGGGGUCUCACACCCUGGGAGGUCCCCCCGAGGCUCCUCGUCUUGAGCUGCUUCAUCUCUUACAGCAAGAGAAGCUUCGCCUGAGCUUAACCUGGGGCUCUCCUGGCUCUCCCUAAGCCAAAGGGACCUGUGGGUGCUUCAGCCUGGAAGCCAGACACAGCCGGUAUCGAGACGCUCCUUGAUUAAACUGUCUUUGAAUCCAUCACAUCCCUGAAAUCAAUUGAUGCCAAUGGAUUGCAGAGGAGAGAGCGGAGGAAGAGAAACACUUUGGUGAGAUCCCUGGUGAUGCACUGGUGGAGCAGUUGGAGUUUAGCACCUGCCCGGUGCCAGCACGGAGAUGUUGGGCUCCACACUUUCCUCUGGCUGAAGCUGCUUAAAUCAACUGGUCUGGGAGCAAAACCAGAAGCAAGUGCGCUACAGGACUGUGUGUGUGACAGGAGCAGCUCGGCCAAAGAACAAGAUGCCCAUGAAGUUUAAUCUCUCUUAGCCUUAAAAGAGAAAACGGGAGUAAAAAUUAUGGAUCCUUUAUACUUUUCCAACACAGUUAGCACAGAAGCUAGUUCCAGCGAUGUGAAUUCCUCCCUGCUGACCAACGUGACAGAGAAUGUGACGCUCUCAGAGCAGCCCUCAUUCAAAUACAUCCACAAAGUCCUGAUUCCCAUCUGUUACCUCCUUGUAUGUGCAGUUGGACUCAGCGGCAACACGUUGGUCAUCUACGUGGUCUUGCGCUAUGCCAAGAUGAAAACAGUCACCAACAUAUACAUCUUGAAUUUAGCUGUUGCUGAUGUACUCUUCAUGCUGGGUCUGCCCUUCCUGGCUACUCAGAAUGCCAUCUCCUAUUGGCCCUUUGGCUCCUUUUUGUGCCGGCUGGUGAUGACUGUAGACGGUAUUAACCAAUUCACUAGUAUAUUUUGUUUGACUGUGAUGAGCAUGGACCGGUACCUGGCAGUAGUUCAUCCCAUCAAAUCAACCAAGUGGAGACGGCCCAGGGUAGCCAAGCUCAUCAGUGUGACUGUCUGGACCUUCUCAUUCUUGGUGGUGCUUCCAGUCAUCAUCUUUUCGGAUGUGCAGGAAGACUUUCACACCUGCAAUAUGAACUGGCCAGAGCCUGUCAACAUCUGGUCAGCAGCAUUCAUCAUUUAUACAUCAGUCCUUGGUUUCUUUGGUCCUUUGCUGGUGAUCUGUCUGUGCUACUUGCUGAUUGUGAUAAAAGUCAAGUCGUCAGGGAUCCGAGUUGGUUCUACGAGGCGCAGGAGAUCAGAGAGGAAGGUGACCAGGAUGGUGGUGAUCAUUGUGGUGGUCUUUGUGUUUUGCUGGCUCCCGUUUUACAUGAUGAACAUUGUAAAUUUGAUAUUUAUACUGCCGGAAGACCCCGUGUUGGUUGGGGUGUACUUCUUUGUGGUGGUCCUGUCCUAUGCAAACAGCUGUGCCAACCCCAUUCUUUAUGGAUUCCUUUCUGACAACUUCAAGCAGAGUUUUCAGAAAGUCCUUUGCCUCCAAAAGGGCAAUGGUGUAGAGGAUGGUGACCCCAUUGAACACAGGCAAGAGAACAGCAGCCGCUUGCAGGAAUCAAUGUUAACCCAGAGAAAUAUUGAAUUCAAUGGACAUAUGCAGACUAGCAAGGUCUAAGGGCAUGGUUGGGUACUGCAAAGCACUUCUAAACCUAGAGAACUUGUGGACUUAGAGGAAAAAAAUGAAUUCAUAGCAAAGCUAAAAUCUGGAGACCCACAGGCUCAAAUGAAUGUACAUAGACUUCUCCCCCUUUGCCAGCUGAGAGUGUUAUGGGCUAUCCUGGGCUGUGUGAAACUCCUAUGGUGUUCCAUCUAAGGCAGACGUGUGUUACCACUUUCUGUACUCUAGAGAACUGAUUUACUGGUACACACUUUCAGCUCCCUACUGCUUUAGUGACGCAAAAGAACACUAAACCUGUUUUAACUCCCUUGUUAAGGUGAGUUUAUGGCUGGUUUGCACUGCUGAUCAUUUGAGCUGAUCAUUUGCACUGAUCAGCCCAAAGCAGAAAACAGCUCAGAUAGUAUCUUUGGAAGUCUUCAAGGGGAUGUCUUAGAAGAAGACCACUAUUUCUUAAGAGGAAGUUUAGUACAAAAAAGGCCACAGCACUGAUCUUGAAGUUGUGUAUAAGCCAUGGUUAUAAAGUGCUGUGUCAGACACUUACAUUGUUUUACUGUCUCUAACCCAUAUAAGAGACUCAUAGCAUUCAGGAAUCUUUCAAACACAAUAAAAAAGAACAUAAAAGCAAGACUAGGAAAAUAUUGUUGAAAGGAUUCCAUGUAUUCAUAAUACUGUCACGACCAACCUGCAUAUAAAAUGUAAUGUGACCACUUCAUUAUUAUGUAAGUGACGAUGAUUGUGAAGUCCUGGAAAGCUGUUGUGUAUAUUUAUUGGUUCUGAAUGUAAGUAUGGACAUGAAUAUAAACUGUAUUUUCAGAAAUUAAACAAGUUCAAUCCCC